AUGGCUCCUGUUCAGGUUGUCAACAUUUCCCUCCCUGCCCUUCCUUCGGGUUGGUCCGCUGAGAAGGACUUUAAGCCCGUCGGCGGUCUCUCUGCUGCCACUCAGCGCAACAUUGAGGCUGUGGGCCCGCACUUCCUGGCCCACGCUCGCCGUAAGCGCCACAACCGCACCUUCUCCGAGGAUGAGCGCAUCCAGGCCAAGCAGAAUGUCGCCAAGACCGAGGACGAGGAGAACAUGGACAUCUCCGAAGAUGAAGACCCCGCCAUGUUCACCCGCGAGGCCAAGGACUGGAAGGGCCAGGAUCACUACGCCGUCCUCGGUCUGACCAAGUACCGCUGGCGCGCCACCCCCGAGCAGAUCAAGAAGGCUCACCGCAAGAAGGUCCUCCGUCACCACCCCGACAAGAAGGCCGCCUCCGGCAAGAGUGACGAGAACGACAACUUCUUCAAGUGCAUCCAGAAAGCCACCGAGCUGAUGCUUGACCCCGUCCGCCGCCGCCAAUUCGACUCCAAGCAGAUCAGCAAGGGCUACUUCAAGGCCUGGGCUCCUGUCUUCCACGCCGAGGGUCGUUUCUCCAACAAGCAGCCCGUGCCCCAGCUCGGUAACGACGACAGCACCCAGGAGGAGGUCGAGUCCUUCUACAACUUCUGGUACAACUUCGACAGCUGGCGUUCAUUCGAGUACCUGGACGAGGAUAUUCCCGACGACGGUGAAGGCCGUGACCAGAAGCGCCACACUGAGAAGAAGAAUGCCAACGCCCGCCGCAAGCGCAAGCAAGAGGACAACGUUCGUCUCCGCGAGAUGCUGGACGAGGUGAUGGCCGGUGACGAGCGUAUCAAGAAGUUCCGUCAACAAGCCCGCGCCGGUAAGGACGCCAAGCGCAAGGCCAAGGAAGACGAGUUCAAGCGCGCCGCCGAGGAGAAGGAGCGUGCCCGCGUCGAGGCAGAGGAGGCUAAGAAGGCCGCCGAGGAAUCUGCCAAGGCUGACCGCGAGAAGAACAAGAAGGCCAAGGAGGCCGCUAAGAACGCCGCGAAGAAGAACAAGCGUGUGCUCAAGGGCUCUGUCAAGGACGUCAACUACUUUGCUGACGGCGAGCCCACUGCUUCCCAGGUUGACUCUGUCCUCGGUGAUGUCGAGCUGAUUAUGGGCAAGAUCGACGUCGAUGAGCUCGCUGUUCUGGCUGAGAAGCUGACCAUCGCUGGUAAGGACGGUGCUGCUGUCAAGUCUGCUUGGUCUGCCGAGGGCGCGCGUCUUGUUGGUGCUGGUAAGGUUAAGGAGGGCGAGCUUAAGGCUUUCGCUUAG